AUGAGAGGACACCCCAAAGCACUUUCAAACUGUUCUUCUAGCCCUGCAAGCUCUCAGACUUGCAUCGAAUUGUCAUCCUCCUUUCAUAAGGACAAAGCGGACAUCACAUCUGAACACGUCAUGGAUCUCUUUAGCUCCCCCAAAAGAUACUCUAAUAUUCCAUCAUCCCCUCACGAAUUCACCUUUCCAAAAUCCCCUUCUCAUUCUAAUUUCCGAGAGGGAAACAAUAGAUCCCCGCUAUCAUCCCCCACCAAACCAAGGUUUAACCCAUACAUGAAAUCCAGGGGACCCUCAGCUGCCACAGCUCAGUUUGCAAUGGAUUCCUUGCAAGGUCUGACUGCGCACGAAACUGAACCCGGGCGCUGCACUGAUGAUCCACAGGCUAAGGAGAUUUUCACACGUGGUCUUGCAGACCUGCCAGAUGACAUGCUACGUGAAGGCGCAAUGGCGCAAUAUGCCACUUGUGAAGUAGCUAGACAGGAGCUCGUUACGGCGACGUGGAAAGUUGAAGCAAGCACCCGCUGGUCAAAAUUCCUUGCCAGCGCCUCACAGCACUUCAAGAUGCAACAUGAUUACUCCAAGACAGAUCUGGAGAUUUGGGAACAAGCAUGCACUAAUCGUGGGCUGAAAGAUCUCUACCACGACAAAGCCUUUUUUGAGCAUUCAACUUCUGAAAAGACCUUGACUUUAGCGGUCCUGCAAGAACAAGGUCGUCAAAUAAAGGAGCAUAUCGAGGAACGAGGGGCAGAUGGUGAUUAUUUGGAUGGUAGCUAUUCAGGCGGCAGUGACAAUGAAGCAAGCGAGUACGAUAACACCCCUUUUCGCAAUGACCAUGCUACUUUGGAGGCUUGA